GGGAGGGUCGAACUCAACCCGUUGCUCUCCAGUCAUCCAUCCACCGCGCAGCUAACGCACCACGCUCACUGACUCGCACUCACCAAUCCCUCCUCGGGCGGCAUGGCCGCCUCCCUCCCCCUCCCGCGCGCCGCCGCGCCGCUCGACGUCCUCCGCACCGUCCGUUUUGCGCCGUGGGCCGCGCCGGCGCCCCGCCGUCGGCUCCUCCCCGGGCCUCCCACAGCCGGCGUGCCCCCACCCCCGGCGCUCCCGCCGGCGUCCAAGCUCGCCGACCCCCCGGUCGUGGGGGCUCCGGAGCCCCCGCUGCCGUUUAGGGCCGCCGAGGCGGAGAUCCUCCGCGACAUCGAACCCGUUGUGCAGCUCAUCAAGGAUAUCCUCCACUCCGACAGAUACGGAGACGGCGAAUGCCUCUGCCCGAAGGACGAAAACGUCGUCGUGGAGAAGCUCCUCGCGUUCCAUCCACGCGCGCAGGAUAAGAUUGGCUGUGGGCUUGACGUUAUAAUGGAUGGCUGGACGACAACUUGCGGCGGCGGGGAUGUGGCCUUGGCCCCUGCGGCUCGCGCAAACCACUGAGGUGCCGGUGGGCAAUCGCAUUGCGUGCGCGUGUUGAAACGUCAGAUACAAGGCAUCUGACUGUCUGUUGUGCGUGACUCAUGUACGUCCAACUCGAGUCUGUGGGCUUUGGCAGAAACGUGGAAAGUAACAGAUUAGGUUGGCUAAUUACUGAUUAGGGGCCCCAUAAAUUUGGGACCCCGGUGCAGUCGCUCCACAUGCACCGUGCGCCGUGCGGUUUACUGGUGAUUUGGGGUAGUAACCUUCUACUCCCAGUGCAAAAAGAAGGUGGGCAACUACACUGUAUAUUUAGUGGACCUGGGCUGGAGUCAUUUUUAAGUUCUGGUUGAGUUUGUUAAAGAUAGUAGUUAAUCAUAGGUUAGUUGAAAUGCUAUCUUUGGAUUGAGCUUUAGAUGAUCUGAGUCAGGUUUGUUAAGGGAGGCGUAAGCAGUGUGGGUUGAAUGACCUAUUUUUCCAGUCUCUUCGCCAUCCCUGCCUUGUUCGUGUGAUAGCUAAACUAAGCCACAAUGAUUAGGUUUAGGGGCAGACCACUAACCCACUGAGAUGGCGAGAUUCUAGCACCAGUUCCAUCUUAUGCUGCUUAGGCUAUUGCUGACAUUUUACAUCCUGUAUGUAUAUACAGAAAACAAACUAGGCAAUGCCAUACACAUCUGAUGCUGCCAAGGCUAAUGAUACUCUAAUAUGAACAAAUCUAUAAUGGUGCUAGCAAUUACCAAUCUAUUUAUCUUAUUAUAAGCAAUUGUAUCAGUAAACUCAAUCACUAAAACUAGGAAAGGCACAAAACCUUAUAAAAUGUAGAGCUGAUUGGCUAUGCAUGUUUGCCUGUUAGAGCAAUGACUUCGACAUUUUUGUAGACGCUGCACCAGGGCGCUCACAUCAGGUCUAUAUGUAGGGCAAUAUAAGUGUUGAUAGCUAAAAUGUUUUUUUGUGAGAACUUCCUAAUAUGAAUUUGAUUGAUGGUGUAUUCAAGAUUAAUCUUUCUUUCAACAUGAAUUAGUACCUUGCACUAAUGAACUAUCUAUACACUGCGUAGCAUGGACUGUCAUUAUGUGAAUAUCAUGAUUAGCCAAUUCCUUCCAUGAAGUGGAAGCGCUUUCUCAGCCGAGAGCUCUGCUUUGUGCCUAUAGAUUACUAUAUUAUGAAGCUUUUGCAUUGGAUAUAAAGAAGCUCAAGAAAUAAUAGUACCUAUUGCAAAGUUACACUUAAAUUGGUUUAGUGUGCUUUACACAUACUUGAUAGAUGUUCUAUCGUUGACAGAUGAUUCCAAAUUUAUAUUUAUAAUUCAGAAUUGUACAUGUAAUCAAUUUUUUGAAAUUGGGUUGU